AACAAUUGAUAACCAAAAGAAAAUUUGCGAUAAAAAAAUGAGUAAACGAAAGAAAGUAAAGGUUGAUAAUAAAGAUAUUGAAAUAAAAUUGAAUGUAAAUGACGAUGAAAAUGUAUACGAAUUUAAUGAGAAAGAUGCAAAUGAAGUUAAAAUGCCUAAUAACAUUAAAAUAGACGAAUCUGAAACGGUGGUAACUGAAGAAAAUGAAUCGGAUAUUGAAGAUCCGUUUGUAAAAGAACUAUUUUCCGGUUUAGAAGGUGCAGCGUUUCAAAGUCGUAUGCCUUAUGAUAAAAUGACAUCAACAGAAGCAGCAUGUUUCCCAGAUAUCGCUCAAUCUCCAUUACCAUCACAAAAAGUUUACUUACAUAUCCGAAAUCGAAUUUUACAAUUAUGGCUUGAUAAUCCAAAAAUACAGCUAACAUUGGAAAAUACAAUAUACAGAGUUGAGCCACCGUAUAACAGUGAUCAGCCUUUAUUACGUCGUGUGCAUGCAUUUCUCGAACGACACGGGUAUAUCAAUUUCGGUAUAUUUCAACGAUUAAAACCUAUUCCGUCUAAGAAGCUCGGUAAAGUUGUUGUAAUCGGUGCCGGUAUAGCGGGAUUAACGGCUGCACAACAAAUGCAGCAAUUCGGACUUGAAGUAGUGGUACUUGAAGCUCGAGAUCGAGUCGGCGGUCGUAUUGCUACGUUUCGUAAAAAUCAAUUUAUAGCGGAUUUGGGUGCUAUGGUUGUUACUGGAUUAGGUGGUAAUCCGGUUACAGUUUUAAGUAAACAAAUCAACAUGGAGUUGCAUAAAAUUAAACAAAAAUGCCCAUUAUACGAAUCAAAUGGUGAAACUGUUGACAAAGAUAAAGAUGAAAUGAUUGAACGUGAAUUUAAUCGUCUGUUAGAGGCAACGAGUUAUUUAUCACACCAAUUAGACUUUAAUUAUGCUGGUAAUAAACCUGUUAGUCUUGGACAAGCAUUAGAAUGGGUCAUACAAUUACAAGAAAAACAUGUAAAAGAGAAACAAAUACUUCAUUGGAAAUCUGUGAUUGCUUUACAAGAUAAAUUAAAAGUGAAUCAACUUCGAAUGAUCGAUUUACGUAAACAUAUGGAAGAAACACGACAAAUUUAUGAAAAAUAUCUACAAAAAGUUGAGAAACGAGAUAGUAUUGAAGAAUUCGCAAUGAGAAGUAGUUAUCGUGAUUUAGUUAAUGAUUCCAAGGAAUGGGAUUUGUUAAUUGAACAACAGAAUGAAAUUGAAGAAAAAUUGACGGAAUUAGAAAAUUCUCCGCCUAGUGACGUUUAUUUAUCAUCGAAAGAUCGUCAAAUAUUGGAUUGGCAUUUUGCAAAUUUGGAAUUUGCUAAUGCUACACCUUUAUCGAAUUUGUCGUUGAAACAUUGGGAUCAAGAUGAUGAUUUUGAAUUUACAGGAAAUCAUUUAACAGCUACUGACGAUGGUUGCGAUGUGAAACCGAAAUAUCUAUAUUUAGCGAGACAUUUAACUGUAUCGAAAUAA